UUUCAAGAUGGCAGCCAUGAGGCUAUGAAGAAGCGACAAAUAUUUAUGGAAUAAAUAAUGAGAACGGAUGCUAGGUAGCAGCUGUUAGACACAUACGCUUGGGAUAUGACUGGUGUCAUUGUUGCAAGUGUGUUGUUUCGAGAGUGAAAUUUACAAGGAAAAAUACGUUGCAUAUCGGUAUGCUGAUUUGCUAAGUUAGCGCUAGCUAGCCAAACACAUGAAUUCUGGGGACGGCCACAUCUGAUUCGCCAGCUGUCAACUAAGAAAGUAUAUUGAGCUGUGCGCUCAGCUUCACCAUGGCCAUCUCUCAGUUUCGCCUUUUUAAGAUUUGCACAUGGCUUGCAACCUUCCUUUCAUUCUUCAAAAGGUUGAUAUGCAGAUCUGGGAGGUUGCGUAAGCUAAGCGGGGAUCAGAUAUCUCUUCCAACGACGGUUGAUUUUUCAUCAGUACCCAAACCGGCAGAGAUUGAAGAAUGGAGCUCGUGGGAUGAAGAUGGUCCCACAAGUAUCAAGAUCGAGGGCGGUAAUGGCAAUGUGCCACCACAGCCUGGCGAGGAAGAGGAACCAGACUACUUCAAAGACAUGGCUCCCACCAUCAGGAAAACACAGAAAAUUGUACUGAAGAAGAGGGAGCCACUCAACUACUUGGUACCCGACGGCAGUGCGGGCUUCUCCAGCAGACUGGCAGCCACUCAGGACACCUCCUUCAUCCAGCCAUCUUCUGAGCUUGGAGACAUGGAUACCUGGCAUGAGGACGCCAACGCCUGGGAGGAUGAGUCGUCAGAUGCUGCCUGGGAGGCUGAUUUGGUGCUCAGACAACAGAAGAUGGCCGAGAGAGAAAAGCGUUCCAUGGAGCAGCAGAGGAAGAAGAUGGAGAAGGAGGUUCAGAGGAUGAUGAAGAAGGACCAGAAGAUUGCUGUCAAGCUCUCGUAACACUUUUUUUUAGAGCACUCAUCCCGUGAGCCGGAGGGCAAUAAAAGAAACACUUAGACAAAAGUAA